AUGGAUGAGGAGAGAAGUAGUAGGUACCCUUUUGUGAAUGUUCUAAGUAUGAGUGGUGGAAAUGGAGACAACAGUUACUCCACCAAUUCUCUUCUCCAGAACAGAGUUUUAUCUAAGGCCAAACCGGUCUUGACUAAGAACACAAAAGAGAUGAUGAUAAACUUAAACUUUCCUAAUUGCAUCAAAGUAGCUGAUCUGGGAUGUGCCUCGGGACAAAACACGUUCUUGACCAUGUCUGAGAUCGUUAACACAAUCGAUGUGUUAUGUCAAGAAUGGAACCAAAAGGCACCGGAGAUUGAUUGUUGCUUGAACGAUCUACCAGAUAACGAUUUCAACACGACAUUCAAAUUAAUACCUUUCUUCAACAAGAUGGUCAAAAGCAAAGGAUCGUGCUUCGUCUCCGGAGUCCCCGGUUCCUUCUACUCGAGGCUCUUUCCCCGCAAUAGUCUCCACUUCGUACAUUCAUCUUACAGUCUUCAUUGGCUCUCUAAGGUUCCCGAAGGACUUGAGAAGAAUACCUCGAGUGUGUACAUAACAACUUCAAGUCUUCCAAGUGUAUACAAGGCUUACUUGAAUCGAUUCCAGAGAGACUUUACGUCAUUUCUAAAAAGGCGUUCUGAAGAGAUGGUUUCUAAUGGACGCAUGGUUCUCACUUUUGUUGGUAGAAACACUCUUGAUGAUCCAUUGUUUAGGGAUUGUUGUCACUUUUGGACACUGUUAUCCACAUCUCUGCGUGACCUAGUCUAUGAGGGUCUUGUGAGUUCAUCAAAGGUUGAUUCUUUCAGUAUACCGUUUUACGAUCCAAGCAAAGAAGAAGUGAAGGAGAUGAUUGAAAAGGAGGGCUCCUUUGAGAUCAAUGACUUUGAGAUUCACGGAUUUGAUCUCGGCCAGAGUAACCACAACGAAGACUGUAAUUCAGAGAGAUGUAAAGCAGGGGAAAAGGAAGCCAAAUGUAUCAGAGCGGUCAGUGAAUCGAUGCUUGUAGCUCACUUCGGAGAUGAUAUCAUCGAGGCACUGUUUGACAAGUUUGCAUGCUAUGCGUCCCAACAUGCCAACUGCAUGAACAAAACGACUGUUACUCUAGUCAUUUCCUUGAUCCGAAAGUAA